GGAGCUUAAGUAGCCCUCCAGGGGCAGGGGAACUAUGAGAAGCAGCAUUUUCACUUUCAGCCCACAUAGAACUGUCCUCCAGGCUUCUGGGAGCCCAGGGGUGUACGGCCUGUGUUGGGGCUGAAAGUGAUGGCCCUGUGAUGGACUGUCUCUAAGGAGAGGGGGAGAGGGGGUUCCAACAGAGAAGAGAAGGAAUGGGCGAGUUGUGAGUUCUGGAUUGUGGCUGCUGCACCUGGACCUCUGGCGAGAUGUCUGGCAAGAGCUAGGCUGACUGGUCCACACGGAUCUUGUUGGCACACAUGUCACCUGGGAGGCUCCACCUGGAAAGCGAGAUGCCUGUCAACAGCACUGCCAUGUCCAUGGCCAACGCUACCUACAUCACUGUGGAGAUUCUCAUUGGGCUCUGUGCCAUAGUGGGCAACGUGCUGGUCAUCUGUGUGGUCAAACUGAACCCCAGCCUGCAGAACACCACCUUCUAUUUCAUUGUCUCCCUAGCCCUGGCUGACAUUGCUGUCGGGGUGCUGGUCAUGCCUUUGGCCAUUGUCAUCAGCCUGGGUGUCACAAUCCACUUUCAUGGCUGCCUUCUCAUGACCUGCCUGCUGCUGAUCUUCACCCACGCCUCCAUCAUGUCCUUGCUAGCCAUUGCCGUGGACCGAUACCUGCGGGUCAAGCUCACGGUCAGAUACAAGAGGUUCACCACUCAAAGAAGAAUACGGUUGGCUCUGGGCCUUUGCUGGCUGGUGUCAUUCCUGGUGGGAUUGACUCCCAUGUUUGGCUGGAACGUGAAACUGAACUCAGAGUACCACAAAAAUCUCACCUCCCUUUCCUGCCAAUUCCGUUCCGUAAUGAGGAUGGACUACAUGGUCUACUUCAGCUUCUUCACUUGGAUAUUCAUUCCCCUGGUUGUCAUGUGUGCCAUCUACCUUGACAUCUUCUAUGUCAUCCGGAACAAACUCAAUCAGAACUUUUCUAACUCCAAAGAGACAGGUGCAUUUUACGGACGGGAGUUCAAGACAGCCAAGUCUCUGUUUCUGGUUCUUUUCUUGUUUGCUUUGUCCUGGCUGCCUUUAUCCAUCAUCAAUUGUAUCAUCUACUUUAAUGGAAAAGUACCACAAGUUGUGCUCUACUUGGGCAUCCUGCUGUCCCAUGCUAACUCCAUGAUGAACCCUAUCAUCUAUGCUUAUAAAAUAAAGAAGUUCAAGGAAACCUAUCUCUUGAUCCUCAAAUCCUGUGUGAUCUGCCAGCCCUCUAAUUCCUUGGACUCAAGCACUGAGCAGACUUCUGAGUAGCUAUCCAUGAAAGAUGACUCUCUGUCCCAUUACCCUUCAGAUUCAGCAUGGACAAACACUUGAGGUCCUAUCCACCUAGGCCAUGGGCUCUCACGUGUUUGAUUCCUUCCAGUGAUGUGGGAAGCAUUUGGCUGGCUGUCUCCAAUUUUAUCUUCCCUACUGCCCUCUUUCUCUAAUUCAAUUUUUUUCUUGUCCUUCUUUUCUAAUUCAAUUUUCUGGGUAUCUGACUUGAGGACAAUGUUCUAUUAUUACUACUACCUGUGUUCCUCCUUCCCAAACAGAAGUCGUGGAAUCUGAAGGAUGCCUCAUUGACUUACUGACAAAAGGGUCCCAACUGGGCUGGACAUGUACAUAAUGGUGACUCAGUUCUACUCCAUUAUGGAACUAAGCAGAGAACCCUGCUCUCAGCAGAUACCUGGAGGAUGGAUGGAAUGCAAGGAGUGAACUGAGUUUAAGAGGGACUUAACUUGCUGGAUUCACCUGUAAAUGUAUUUGAGUAAAUAAAAGAUGAUAACUAA